GUUGACGUUUUCCGCGAUAGCAGUGCAACCCCCGAGCGCGUAAAAAACCCCGCGAUAAGCACCAAGCAGUGAGACAACCGGCCUGUCAUUUUUCAACAUGGCAGAAGUACCUUCGUACUGUAACAACGUUCGUGUAAAUGUUCGUGUUUUGUGUUGUUUUUAGUGGUGGAUAAAGUGUUUUGAGUGCGACGAACGAGACUGAACCGACGCGAUGGCGGAUUUGACGAAACCGCCACUGAGUGACAUCAAACACCCCGAAGAAGUGGUCCGAAUGGCUAUGAACGAUAGCCUCAAGUUCGCCGUUCUAAUUGGACUCAUUGAAGUCGGACAGGUUUCCAAUAGGGAAGUCGUCAACACGGUCCUGCAGCUGCUCGUGGGCGGCGAGUUCGACAUGGAGCUCAACUUCGUUAUACAAGAUGCUCAAAAUAUACGACACAUGCUCGAGCUGCUCGAUCACUGCCCUCCCAAUCUACAGGCUGAAAUAUGGAGCGUCUUCAUAGCCAUCCUCCGAAAGAGCGUUCGCAAUUUACAAGCUUGCACAGACGUCGGCCUCAUCGAGCAUGUACUGAAGAGGUUGCGGAAUGCGGACGUUGUCGUAGCAGAUCUUUUAAUCGAAAUGCUGGGCGUCCUCGCCAGUUAUAGCAUUACCGUAAAAGAACUGAAACUGCUGUUCGGUGCCAUGAAAGCCAUUAACGCCAAAUGGCCGCGCCAUUCGGCCAAGCUCUUGAACGUACUCAGGCAGAUGCCCCAAAGGACCGGACCGGACGUUUUCUUCAGCUUUCCGGGACGAAAGGGAUCGGCCAUCGUGCUGCCGCCGCUGGCCAAGUGGCCCUACGAAAGCGGCUUUACGUUUACGACGUGGUUUCGCCUCGAUCCAAUAAACUCCGUCAACAUCGAGAGGGAGAAGCCUUAUCUUUACUGUUUUAAAACGAGCAAAGGUGUGGGCUACACCGCUCAUUUCGUCGGCAAUUGUCUGGUUUUAACAUCGAUGAAAAUCAAGGGUAAGGGCUUCCAACACUGCGUCAAAUACGAAUUCCAACCGAGAAAGUGGUACAUGUUGGCCGUUGUUUAUAUUUACAAUCGUUGGACGAAGAGCGAAAUUAAGUGUUUGGUCAACGGACAACUGGCGUCUAGUACAGAAAUGGCGUGGUUCGUCUCGACGAAUGACCCUUUUGAUAAAUGUUAUAUCGGAGCGACGCCGGAACUUGACGAGGAAAGGGUGUUUUGCGGGCAAAUGUCUGCUAUUUAUCUAUUCAGCGAGGCUUUGACUACGCAUCAAAUUUGCGCUAUGCAUCGCUUAGGGCCGGGAUAUAAAAGUCAGUUUCGGUUUGAUAAUGAGUGUAACAUAAAUUUACCCGACAAUCAUAAAAGGGUGAGUGAUAAUGACGAGUCCACCUCUAGCAUGUCUCUGACUGCAUCAGAUGCACGAGCCGUGUUGUACGAUGGAAAACUGUCAAGCGCCAUCGUCUUCAUGUACAAUCCAGUAGCUACGGAUAGUCAACUAUGUCUGCAAUCUGCUCCCAAGGGAAAUAUAUCUUACUUCGUCCACACCCCCCACGCUCUCAUGUUGCAAGAUGUGAAAGCUGUGAUAACACAUUCCAUCCACAGCACUCUCAACUCGAUAGGCGGCAUCCAGGUGUUGUUUCCUUUAUUUUCCCAGUUGGAUUUGCCUUACGAAACGAACGGAUCGUCAGAUUCUAAAAGAGAUCCCACUUUAUGCUCAAAGCUUCUGGGUUUCAUAUGCGAAUUAGUAGAGACUUCGCAGACAGUCCAGCAGCACAUGAUACAGAACAGGGGAUUUUUGGUCAUCAGCUUCAUGCUGCAGAGGUCGUCGAGGGAUCACCUAACGUUGGACGUGCUGGGAUCAUUUCUUAGUCUCACGAAGUACCUCGUCACUUGUCUCAGUGCCAAUAGCGAACUGCUACUCAAACAGUUGUUUUGCUUCUCGUUCCUCACCUGGCAGCUUCUCGAUCACGUCCUCUUCAAUCCGGCGCUGUGGGUCCACACGAAUCCAAUGGUUCAAGCAAGACUAUACAGCUAUCUCUCGUCGGAAUUCCUUUCGGAUACACAAAUCUACUCGAACGUGAGAAGAGUGUCGACCGUACUUCAGACUAUACACACUCUUAAAUAUUACUAUUGGGUGGUGAAUCCGAGGGCUAAAAGCGGAAUCACGCCGAAAGGAUUAGACGGUCCCCGCCCCGACAACAAAGAAAUCCACAGCAUCCGUCAGUUUAUUCUGCUUUUUCUCAAACAGCUGAUAAUGAUCGGCAACGGCGUCAAAGACGACGAGCUCCAAAGCAUUUUAAAUUAUUUGACGACGAUGCACGAAAACGAGAACCUCCACGACGUGCUCCAGAUGUUGAUUGGGUUGAUGUCUGAACAUCCUUCGUCUAUGGUUCCGGCUUUCGACGCCAAGUACGGCGUACGAACCAUUUUCAAGCUGUUGGCGUCUGAAAGUCAGUUAAUUAGACUGCAGGCUCUUAAAUUGUUGGGAUUUUUCCUCAGUCGAAGCACCCAUAAAAGAAAAUACGACGUUAUGAGCCCGCAUAAUUUGUACACGUUGCUCUCGGAGAGGCUGCUUCUAAACGAGGACGUACUCACCAUUCCCACUUACAAUGUUUUAUACGAGAUCAUGACGGAGCAUAUUAGCCAACAGAUACUUUACACCAGGCAUCCGGAACCCGAGUCGCAUUUUAGACUGGAGAAUCCAAUGAUCCUGAAGGUGGUGGCUACCCUCAUCCGGCAGUCGAAGCAGACCGAGCACCUCCUCGAAGUGAAGAAGAUGUUCCUGUCCGACAUGACCCUCCUCUGCAACAACAACCGCGAGAACCGGCGCACCGUGUUGCAGAUGUCGGUGUGGCAGGAGUGGCUCAUCGCCAUGGCGUACAUCCACCCGAAGAACGCCGAAGAGCAGAAGCUCUCCGACAUGGUGUACUCCCUCUUCCGGAUGCUCCUCCACCACGCCAUCAAGUACGAGUACGGGGGCUGGCGAGUGUGGGUCGAUACUCUCGCCAUCGUCCACUCGAAGGUCUCCUACGAAGAAUUCAAGCUCCAGUUCGCCCAGAUGUACGAGCACUAUGAGCGCCACCGGGCCGACAACAUCACGGACCCGCUGGUGCGGCAGCAGCACCCUAUUAGUACCAUCUCCGGGUGGGACCAGCAGACCCAGGUCAGCAACGGGUGUCACGCUGAGGAGGAGCGGUGGCACAACUCGCACGGUACUCUGCAGGAGAUCGAGCAGGAGAACGACAAGUCGGAGCCGGUGUGCAGCUGCGAUUACAACUCUACGAUGUCGGAAGGAAGUCCAGCGUCGUACUUAGCGAAGCACGACGAUAGCGAGGGUGUGUCGUUAGAUUCAAGGACUAGCGAUUUGUAUAGUGACGUGAAAAUUGGGAAGGAGUCGCCGUUUUCGCAGGACUCGCCGAUCAAGUCGCAGGUGGCGGAAGACACGCCGGAGUCGAUCGAGGUGACGGAGGGGUCGCCGAUCUGUAACGGUAUUCACAAUGAGAGCAGUCCCAGUUUCGGCAGCCCGAGCAAGGCGAACGACGACAAAGUGGAGAUCAUCGAAGAGAUAGUGCGGGAGAUUCUGAACAAGUCGGAGAAGCUGCUCGAGGAGCGCGUAGUCGGCACGAUUUCUCCGGUUGUUCAAGACGAAGAGAUCGUCCAGGCGGUGAACGAAGUAGUGAACAAUGUCGAUAAACCGGGCGAUAGUGAAGAAAGCAAUUCGAAAGAGAAGGACAUUUCCGUGUCGGACGUGACGACGAGUCCCGAGAAGGAAAUCCCGGAUAGCGACUUGUCCGAGCGGUACUUGACUCCGACCGAAGAAACCGAGAAAGUCAGCGAAGAAACCGACAAUAAUAAAGAUUGUAGUGGUGACGCGGUAGCUAAAACGGACAUUUCGGAAGUUACAAAUUCUAAAGAACCUGAUAAAUUAAACGUAAGUGUUAGUGAUAAACAGACUGAUAAUAAAAUAUCCGAAGCUGUGCCAAUUGUUGAAAAUAGUGCUGUGUCUGUAGAAUUAGAGCCGUCCAAUGUUGAUUCUAGUCUAGACAAGUCGAACAUUCCGAACGAAUCUAGUGUUAAUACCGCAAAGUCGGUGGAUGAUUCUAAAACCGAUGAAGGCACCGAAACUAGCGAAGUGCCUGCUGUUGAAAAUAUACCAACGAUUUCACAAAUCUGUGAUCCUAGUCAUUACACGACGACGUCGACCGACGUCGCGGAACCAGUACUUAACGAUAAACAGGAAGCCACGGGGGACGACUCGAAGAGAAGGGUCAGCUUACCGGCGAACCACGUCGACGGACAACCCAGUGAAAACGUAAAGGAGCCGGCGACGGGCGCCCAAGUGUCGCCCCAAAAGAGGCCCCGGAGCGCUUCGACCUCGACGCAAGUGGAUCCCAACCAUUUCGAUAACAAACGCUCAAAGUCGGGUUCCUCGUCGACGCGGCCGAUGUUCAGUCCUGGGCCAACCCGGCCCCCGUUCCGCAUUCCCGAGUUCAAGUGGUCGUACAUCCACCAGCGUCUCCUGUCGGACGUUCUGUUCUCCCUGGAAACGGACAUCCAGGUGUGGCGAAGCCACUCGACGAAGACCGUUUUGGACUUCGUCAACAGUAGCGAGAACGCCAUUUUCGUGGUCAACACGGUCCACUUGAUAUCGCAGCUUGCCGAUAAUCUAAUCAUUGCUUGCGGAGGGUUGCUGCCUCUUUUAGCUUCAGCUACAUCGCCGAAUAGUGAACUAGACGUAAUCGAGCCUACUCAAGGCAUGCCGAUCGAAGUCGCCGUUUCGUUUUUGCAGCGCUUGGUCAACAUGGCCGACGUUCUAAUUUUUGCCAGUUCGUUGAAUUUCGGGGAGUUGGAGGCGGAGAAGAACAUGUCGAGUGGGGGGAUCCUGCGACAGUGCUUGCGACUGGUUUGCACUUGUGCAGUUCGAAACUGCUUGGAGUGUAAAGAGAGGAGCCGUCCGCACCACACUAUUGCACCAACAUCACAUAACGCUACUCACAAGGCAGCACAUUUACAGUCUUUCAUAAGGGGAGGCCAAAACUCCCCGAAGACCAUCGCCGACAACCUCUCCCAAUCCACUCCAGUCAAAGACCCGGAGAAGCUCCUCCAGGACAUGGACGUGAACCGCCUGCGCGCCGUAAUAUACAGAGACGUGGUGAGAACGUUUAUCCAGGAGGAGACUAAACAGGCCCAGUUCUUGUCGCUUGCCAUAGUUUAUUUCAUCUCGGUGCUGAUGGUCUCGAAGUACCGCGACAUCCUCGAGCCGCCGAUCACCAUUCGCCCGCCGAGUCCGGUGCCGGCCAUUCGGAACAACGGAACGUCGCACAUGUCGGGCAGUCCUCAAGAAGGGAGCGCGAGGCCUCUCUUCCCGCAGUGGUCACACCACGUUUAUCCACAAUUCCUCCCAGGUACCCAUCCCAACGCCGUGCCUCACCACAAUUACGUGAGGCACAGGCACUCCUACGUCAAACAUCACUACAACCUUAACAAUAACCACCACUCGCAUCACCACAACCACAAAAUUGACCACCGCUACCACAGAAAUUCAAUUGCUGGCCACCCAGCUUCCCGCGCCGUUCACAACCAGGCGUCUCAAGAAGACGUCGAUUAUGACGUCAUCACCGCCUACGUGAUGGAAGACAGCAACUCGGUGGUUCAAGAGAACGAUUUGCACUCGGGCCCGCCUUCCAUCAAGGUUAACGCUAGACAGCGUCCUUCUCUGGGACAUGGGUUCUCUGUAGAUUAUUCUUUGGAUGGAAUAAGGCAUGCUCGAGGUCGUGACAAUGCUCGUGUUAAGAAGAGCGCAGAUUCGGUCGAAGACAUCAACUCCGUCAACUCGUCCGAAACCAACAACGUCGGUUCCAACAGCGAAAUCACAAUCGAAGACAACAAAGUCAACAACGACGAGAACUGGACCGACAUCAACUUGAACGAAGACGGCGAAACUAAAGAAGAUUCCCGAAAUAUCCAAAACAUGUCUCAUUCGGAAAUCAUCGACAUUGAAGGAAACAUUGCUCAAGAACGUGCCGAUAAGCACCACCCGGAGAUCUCGGUGGUUAGAGUACCGGAUAACGUGAUCCAAGCCCCGACUCAAAUCCGACCGGACGAUUUACCGGUGAACAACCUAGUGGAUCACAUCUCCGUGCCCACCCCUUCGCGGGAAGCCUCUCUCACUCAAAAACUCGAGAUGGCGCUGGGAUCGGUGUGCCCGCUUUUAAGGGAGAUUAUGGUAGAUUUCGCCCCGUUCUUGUCAAAAACUUUGGUCGGUUCACACGGACAGGAAUUAUUGAUGGAAGGGAAAGGAUUGACGACUUUCAAGAACAGCAACUCCGUCGUGGAAUUAGUGAUGUUGCUGUGCUCGCAGGAGUGGCAGAAUUCGCUACAAAAACACGCAGGGUUGGCUUUUAUCGAACUGAUUAAUGAAGGGAGGUUGUUGUCGCACGCCAUGAAGGAUCAUAUUGUCAGGGUUGCGAAUGAAGCCGAAUUCAUUCUGAAUAGAAUGAGGGCAGACGACGUGUUGAAACAUGCAGAUUUUGAGUCUCAGUGUGCACAAACUCUGAUGGAACGUAAAGAAGAAGAGAGAAUGUGCGACCACUUGAUAACAGCGGCCAGAAGGAGGGAUAAUGUAAUAGCCAGUCGUCUUUUGGAGAAGAUUCGGAACAUUUUAUCUAAUAAACACGGUGCUUGGGGUUACAUGGAUCCGGCAGCCGCAAAGCUGAACGAAUUUUGGAAGUUGGACGCUUGGGAGGACGAUGCGAGGAGAAGAAAACGUUUCGUGCACAAUCCCUUGGGGACCACCCAUCCGGAAGCCAGUUUGAAGGCUGCCAUCGAACACGGGGCUCCCGAAGACGCCAUUUUGCAAGCCCGAGAAGAGUUCCACGCCCAUUUGGCCGCCACGAGGAACCAACAACAGAUCCAGCCGAAUGAUUUAAUGGACGACAGUGAACUUUUGACUGAUGACAGAGAGUUGGAUAACGAUUUGACGGGCCCCGUCAACAUCAGCACGAAGGCGAAAUUGAUCGCUCCGGGCGUGGUGGCUCCGGGGAUGGUCUCGAUUACAUCUACCGAACUGUACUUCGAGGUGGACGAGGACGAGGCCGAGUUCAGGAAGAUAGACACGGAGGUGCUGAAAUACUGCGACCAUUUGCAUGGGAAAUGGUACUUUUCGGAAGUUAGGGCCAUUUUUUCGAGGAAGUACUUGCUGCAGAAUGUCGCCAUCGAAAUCUUCCUGGCCAGCAGAACUUCAAUCAUGUUCGCUUUUCCCGAUCAAGCCACCGUGAAGAAAGUAAUAAAGGCUCUGCCUCGUGUAGGCGUCGGCAUCAAAUACGGGAUACCACAAACCAGACGAGCCAGCAUGAUGUCACCACGUCAACUUAUGAGAAAUUCGAAUAUGACACAGAAAUGGCAACGUAGAGAAAUAUCCAAUUUCGAGUAUCUCAUGUUUCUCAACACGAUAGCCGGACGCACCUACAACGACCUCAACCAAUACCCCGUGUUCCCCUGGGUCCUCACUAACUACGAGACAAAAGAACUCGACUUAAGUCAACCCAGCAACUACCGCGACCUCUCUAAGCCAAUAGGAGCACUAAACCCGAACCGCCGCGCUUAUUUCGAAGAACGUUACUCAACUUGGGAACACGAGAGCAUCCCCCCUUUCCACUACGGAACUCACUACUCAACUGCCGCUUUCGUCUACAACUGGAUGAUCCGUGUGGAACCCUUCACGACCAUGUUUCUCGCCUUACAAGGCGGCAAAUUCGACUACCCGAAUCGCCUCUUCACCUCGGUCGCCCUCUCGUGGAAGAACUGCCAACGAGAUACCUCAGACGUCAAAGAACUCGUUCCUGAGUUCUUCUUCUUACCCGAAAUGUUCGUCAACGCGAAUAGAUACAGAUUGGGUUUGGACGAGCACGGGAAGGCGAUAGGUGAUGUGGAUUUACCACCGUGGGCGAACUCACCCGAAGAGUUCGUCAGGAUUAACAGGAUGGCGCUGGAAUCGGAAUUCGUUUCGUGUCAGUUGCACCAAUGGAUCGAUUUGAUUUUCGGUUAUAAGCAAAGAGGACCUGAAGCUAUCAGAGCAACGAACGUUUUUUAUUAUUUAACGUAUGAGAACAAUGUGGAGUUGGACUCGAUUCAGGAUAAGGUGAUGAGGGAAGCUGUGGAGAACCAGAUCAGGAACUUCGGCCAGACGCCGUCGCAGCUGCUGAUGGAGCCACAUCCACCAAGGAGCUCGGCGAUGCAUUUGUCUCCUAUGAUGUUCUCGAGCAUCCCCGACGACGUCUGCAUGACCAUGAAGUUCCUCUCCAACAGCCCCAUUGUUCACAUUUCCGCCAACACGUACCCACAGCUGUCAAACCCAUCCGUGGUGACCGUCACCAUGCACCAGCAGUUCGCCGUCAACCGCUGGAACUCGGGUUACGCAGCUGUCGCUCAAUCGCCGAGUUACGCCGAAACCCCUCAAAAUCAAGCUGCCAACCUUCCAUUAUCAAUGGACCCAGUUUUAUCUCAAACCAACAACAGCACCAAUCAAAACCACAUGUUGCGCCGUCACCUCGGCGACAACUUCAGCCAAAAUCUCAGGAUCCGCUCGAACUGUUUCGUCACCACUGUGGAUAGUAAAUUUUUAAUAGCUUGCGGCUUCUGGGACAACAGUUUUAGGGUAUUCUCCACCGAAACUGCCAAAAUCGUGCAGAUUAUUUUCGGCCAUUACGGUGUCGUCACGUGUCUGUCGAGGUCGGAGUGCAACAUCACGUCGGACUGUUACAUCGCUUCGGGCUCGGCGGACUGCACGGUGCUGUUGUGGCACUGGAACGCCAGGACUCAGACGAUCGUGGGAGAAGGGGAAGUCCCCACGCCGAGAGCCACACUCACGGGACACGAACAACCGGUGUCGAGCGUGGUCAUCUCGGCCGAGCUCGGGCUGGUGGUGUCGGGGUCUUACAGUGGGCCCGUGUUAGUGCACACCACUUUCGGGGACCUGCUGCGCUCGCUGGAGCCGCCGCAGUCGUUCACCUCCCCCGAGAACAUCGCUAUGUCACGAGAGGGCGUCAUAGUCGUCAACUACGAGAAGGGCAACAUUGCGGCGUUCACAAUCAACGGGAAACGUCUUAGACACGAAUCACAUAACGAUAACUUACAGUGCCUAUUACUUAGCCGAGAUGGUGAAUACUUGAUGACGGGUGGUGACAAGGGCAUUGUGGAAGUAUGGAGAACGUUCAACUUGGCUUUAUUAUAUGCCUUCCCAGCGUGUGAUAGUAGCGUUAGGUCUCUUGCGUUAUCACAUGAUCAAAAGUUUUUGCUAGCGGGUCUAGCUCUAGGAUCGAUAGUCGUAUUUCACAUUGAUUUCAAUAGAUGGCACCAUGAAUUUCAGCAACGUUAUUAAAUCUUAGCACGUACUUAUUCCUGUUUUAAUGUAGUACUUAAUAUUGUAUUUUAUUGUUCAAUUACAGUAGCGAGAUGUAUUUUGAUUUGUUUUUAUUUUGGAUAUUUUAAUGUGCAAUACCUUCGUUUAUACACUAUACAUAGAACUAGCAUUUUAUUGUUAUUUUUUUAAUUAUGUAUAGAUGUAGAUACUUUUUUAAUUCGGUAGUAAGUUGGUAUUGCUUCAUCCGUUGUAAAAUACUGACUUAUGAAAAUAGUGUGCAUUAUAAUUUUUUUAAACUAGCUUGUAAGGGUUAAACAGUUCAAGUCAAUCUUUAAAGCUGGCUUUUAAAUGAGUUGUGAGUGAGUUUAAGCACAUAGUUAUGCUUAGAGCUUGCACAUCCAUUGCCAGCAAUUGUUGAAGCCAAAUUUUUGGCGCACUUUUACGAUACUGUAUCCUCAGCGACACGCACGUGUCGGUAAAGAUACAGCCAUCUUAAAAACCAUUCCCUCCAGCAUAUGUACUAUAUAUUGCAAAUCUGUCCAAAUAUAAAAUCAAACUUAUUGUAUAUAAGUACAUUGUUUUUUUAUGAUACGCUACUUAAUUAUGUGUAUUUGAAAAGUAUUUAAUUCUUGUAUUAUUUUAUUACUUAUGGAGAUUGUACUUAAUUGUAAGAAGAACAUUGUAUGUUUGAUGUUAGCAAUAAACAAACAUUCAUGAUUUGUAAUACACAAUAUUAAAAUAAAUGUGUUUUGUUCAAAAAA